UUGUGCUCUACUCACAUGCCACAGUCACGAUGCGGUUCCCACCGUCCCCUCAACGACCUUGCCGCAGUGUGUUUUCAGUGACGAGAUCAUCAUCUCCUUUGGGGAAUGCUGAUGUUCCUCGCAUGUGGUGCAAUACGCUAGUGCGAAUUCAUCCCGGCCGCCCUUCGAUAGCUCCAUGGAACAGGUCCUACCCGAGCCGAGCGAGAGCGGGGGUUGUGAACGACAGCGGUAAACAGGAGAAUGUGAGUUGUCUUUGAAAAAUUUCAUUGCGAACUCUCUCACGAAGGCGUCAUGCUGCUGGAGAGAUGCUCGUGUUGGGGUGCUGUAUAUAUAACGCCCCCCUCUUGGAAGGGUUUCGAAGAUAGGAAACUUGUAGGUAUAGCAUCAUCUCACCACCUUCCGGUCUUUUCUAUUCGUAUAAUCUCUCGACUAUCCUCGUACAUUUAUACCGUUUAAACAAGCUUAAUACUAACAAAAGGACCAUAAUUGAAAAUGCGCACCUCAUCAAUCAUCCUGGCGGCGGCCUCCGCCACCUCCGUUCUCAGCGCCCCCCUCGAGAAGAGGGCUAACUAUGACCCCCUUCCCGGAGGUGACUCCACGAUCUUGAACUACGCGCUCGCUCUGGAGUACCUCGAGAGGGCCUUCUACGGAGAGGGUCUCAAGAACUACACCGAGGCCGAGUUCUGUGAGUACGCAGGCGAGGUCGGUGAGAAGUUCUACAAGAACCUGAGGAUCAUCUACGAGGAUGAGAAGACGCACGUCGACUACAUCCAGAAGGCCCUCGGCGCCUCCGCCAUCGCCGAGCCGUCCUUCAGCUUCCCCGUCACCGACGCCGAGUCCUUCCUCGCCCUCGCCAGCAUCCUCGAGGGCGUCGGCGUGUCUGCCUACCUCGGCGCUGCGGGCGUCAUCGCUGACAAGUCGUACGUCCCCGUCGCCGGCUCCAUCUUGACCGUCGAGGCCCGCCACUCCUCCUACAUCCGCGCCGCCCUGGGCCAGAAGCCCUUCCCCGCCCCCUUCGACACCCCCCUCAACUUCAACCAGGUCUUCUCCCUCGCUGCCCAGUUCAUCACGGGAUUCGCCCCGGGCACCCCUGACCUCCCGUUCAAGGCCUUCCCCGAGCUCACCGCCGGCCCUACCCGGAACUCCGAAGGCGCCGUUUUCGAGGGCGCCUACAAGGCCGCAGUCGACGCGAAGACUGUUCCCGCCGACGCCGAGGUCUACGCCGUUUUCUUCUCGGGCCUGGACAUCUACUACAGCGAGGUCGUCGUCAGCGGCGAGGACUACGUCGUCCCUGAGAUCCCCGAGGGCCCCAAGGGUCAGGUCUACGUCGUCCUCAGCACCGCCAACGGCAAGGACACCAAGGUCUCUGACGAGAACACCGUCGCCGGUGUCGGCAUCCUCGAGAUCGACUAGUAGUCGGUCCAUCACCCUCUAAUUUGACGAGAUAAGAUCAAGGGCCGCAGGUUGUAGCCCAAGGGCACUUUAACGAAUAUUUGAUACGCUUGUUUCUUAUAUCAAUUAUUUCUUUUGUCUUCUCUGUACUUAUUCAUAUCAUAGCCCCGCCAAAGGAGUUAAUAUUUAAUGCAGAGUUUGGCCAUCACCGCG